AUGGCUAACGAAAGAACGUUUCUCGCAUGGACUCGAACGGCAAUUGGCUUCUUAACAUUUGGUGUUGCAUUUCAUCAAUUUUAUCGACUCGAUAUGAAAUCGGUAUCAGUAACGUUCACAGACGGAAGCACUCAUGUAAUUGACGAUAAUAAGGUCUCGGUAAUGCUGAGACUAGGCGCCCCGCUUGGACCUCUUUGCAUCUUUUUGGGCUUAGUGACAGCUUGCUUAGGUCUUACUCGAUACUUUCAGAUCCAAAUGCUGUUGCAAAAAGACUUCUAUCCAGCGUCUCGGAUUGCAGUUGUGGUAAUAUUGUCAGUACUAGUGGCGAUUGUCAUAGUUCUACUAGUGCUUUGCAUAGAGCUCGCAGUCUAG